CUGAAAGCUGAGUCAAAUGCUCCACAGGAAUGAGGUGGAACGUCCGUUAUAUUUUAACCAGUGUGUGCAGACGGCUCUUCUGCGAUCGACCCUCCAGGCCUUUCUCUUCAGAGAAUUCUGUGGUGGGGCAAAUCUCAGUUGGGAUGAAGCGUUUUAGCCUCGGAGUCCUUGUCGCCGUCAUCCUUCUCUGCAAGCAGCAUGGCUUCGCCUUUCAGAGUGGCCAGGUUUUAUCUGCUCUUCCUAGAACUUCUAGGCAAGUUCAAGUUCUACAGAAUACUACCACAACUUAUGAGAUUGUUUUGUGGCAGCCAGUAACAGCGGAAUUUAUUGAAAAGAAAAAAGAAGUCCAUUUUUUUGUGAAUGCGUCUGAUGUAAGCAAUGUGAAAGCCCAUUUAAAUGAGAGCAGAAUUCCAUUCAGCGUUUUGAUGGGAGAUGUAGAAGAUCUUAUUCGACAGCAGACUUCCAAUGACACAGUCAGCCCCCGGGCCUCAUCAUCAUACUACGAGCAAUACCACUCACUAAAUGAGAUCUACUCUUGGAUAGAAACAAUAACUGAGAAGUAUCCUGAUAUGCUUAGAAAAACCCAGAUUGGAUCAUCUUAUGAGAAGCAUCCACUUUAUGUUUUAAAGGUUUCUGGCAAAGAACAAACAGCCAGGAAUGCCAUAUGGAUUGACUGUGGAAUUCAUGCCAGAGAGUGGAUCUCUCCAGCUUUCUGCUUGUGGUUCAUAGGCUAUGUAACUCAGUUCUAUGGGAAAGAGAAGCUGUAUACCAAUCUUCUAAAACACACAAAUUUCUAUAUUAUGCCAUUGGUUAAUGUGGAUGGUUAUGACUACACAUGGAAAAAGAAUCGAAUGUGGAGAAAGAACCGCUCUAUCCAUGGGAGAAAUGGUUGCAUUGGGACAGACCUGAACAGAAACUUUGAUUCCAAGCACUGGUGUGAGGAAGGUGCAUCAAGUUUCUCAUGCUCUGAAACCUACUGUGGACCUUAUCCUGAAUCAGAGCCAGAAGUAAAGGCGGUGGCAAAUUUCUUGAGAAGACACAUUAAGCAUACUAAAGCUUACAUCAGCAUGCAUUCAUACUCCCAGCAGAUACUGUUCCCAUAUUCCUAUAACAGAAGCAAAAGCAAAGACCAUGAGGAACUGUCUCUAGUGGCCAGGGAAGCAGUUCGUGCUAUUGAGAGUAUUCAUAAAAAUACCAAGUAUACACAUGGCAGUGGCUCAGAUACUUUAUACCUGGCUCCUGGAGGUUCCGAUGACUGGAUCUAUGAUUUGGGCAUUAAGUACUCAUUUACAAUUGAACUUCGAGAUACAGGCAGAUACGGAUUCUUGCUGCCAGAACGUUAUAUCAAACCUACUUGUACAGAAGCUCUAGCUGCUAUCUCUAAAAUAGCCUGGCAUGUCAUCAGGAACGUUUAAUGCCCUUGACUUUUCACUCUGCUUCCGUAAUUUUACGGAUUCUAGCGAGACCAUAUCGUACUAGUUUCUAAAUUUGAUGAGUAGUUUUCAUAAACGAUUUUCCCAUUCCUCCUUGCUUUUGCCAAAGAACACAAUAUA